CCCAGUCAUCUACACUUGUUUGGUGCCCUACGCCUUCUUUCUUCUUUCUUCUCGGUACACUGCUUCCCUGAUUUUCUCUCCACUGCGAGCAACAUAGUUAAAGAUCCAAGCAGUAACAGGUCCCUCGUGAAAGUGAAAAUGAUGGGCAGUGUUUUCAGAGCCACGAUCCAGAGAACAAAAUGUAGUGUUUCUGCACUCCAGAGAACUCAUGGCCUCCAAGCUUUUGGGCCUAGGUGCUUCUCCACUGAAGCAGAACAGCCACCUCAGCCUCAGGAUUCAACAACCCCUACCCCUCCAUUCUUUGAAACUGAUAAUUCAGGUUUGACAUAUGCUAGACUGCAUGGCAUUCAUAGAAAUAUGCUCAAAACAGAUGUCAUCAGCUUCCUCGAAGGUUGCAAUUUGACUCUGGAGGAUGUUAAAGUCGAGUACAACCGUAACUUUUUUCCAUUGGCAAUGCUUCUGCAAUUCCCUACUAGAAGUGACUAUAGUAAUGCUAUAAAGGUGAAUCUGAAGAAUGGUCGGUUUUACAAAUUUGAAAUGGUUGAUCGUGGCCAUUGGGAUAUUGUAACUCCAUAUGAUGGCAAAGCUAUUGUAAUUCAAGGAAUUCCGAUGAAUGCAGCAUUUGAAGACAUAGAACGCACCCUGUCUGGUUGUGACUAUGAUGCAUCCUCGGUUUCCAUAAGGCCUAGAGAUGUUUUAUCUAAAUUGGCCACUGUACGUUUUCCAUCAAGGACUAAAGCAAUGAGUGCAUUCAUCACAAAGAAUAGGACCUUUUGCCUCAACAAUCGCGUUUCGGUAGAAGUUCUCCAGUAAUACUGAUUCACUUAGCUUGUAAGGGAGCAUUGCUUUCAAAGAGAGCUUAAAGUAGUAAAAUUCAUACUCUUUUUUGUGAUGUUGGAUUUCAUAACAUCUUUGGUUCAGAGUGUGAUGCAUGAAAAUGUUGAAAUUAUUGCUGACUGGCAACCAUUUCUCGAAUAAACACUCGACCCAUUAUUGAUCAAGGAUUUAGUUGUUUGUUUA